AUGAAUAUGGUAGCAAAACCCUCCAACAAUCUCAGACGAGAGCACAAAUGGCUGCGAGAAACUACAUCCUUUCAAGAUGAUAAAGACCUUGUGCUUCAAGUGAUAAACAAACAUGUACUUAAUAAGAGGACGCGAACGAUUCCGCCCAUUGGGCAUGAAGAUAACAACAAUUUAACAGACAAAGGAGAUGACUCUGUACCUGUGAGUGGUGCCACACCUUUUUUUGAAGAAGCUUUCAGUUGGAAUAGGUCAAGUGAUAAUUCUAAGGUUUCAUCAAGUUGGCAGGACAAGGAAAACCUCGCCAACGAUAGAACAACGAUACAUCAGAAAUUACCGCGAAGUAAAAUACUUCGACCUGAGCCACCUUUGGUAUCAAAAUCUCUAAACCAUCCCAUUGAUCGUCCUGCGCAGGUUAAACAGAGCUUUUCUUUGGUUGAUUUACAGAGAUCUUUAAUAGAUCUACUAAAGCUCAAAGCUCAAUUACUGACCCAAAAAUGUCAAAUAAUCGAGUCUACUUCUCUAUCGGAAGAUAGUAAAAAGUUCCAGCUCUCCAAAGAAGUUAAUCCGCAUCUGGUCAAAUUGGAAUCACAGAUAGGUUCGCUGGAGAAAGAUAUGGCUAUGACCACUAAGGAAAAUCAGGAAAAAAGAUUUGAUAUCUUUAACAGUAGUGAUGUCAAUAGCUCGAUGGAGGGUAUACCGAUGCACAAUAAUAAGACGACAGCUGCUGGCAGUACGUUUAAUCACAGCUUGAUGGAUAUGCUGCCGAGCCCGGCAGAUGUAGAUCGACCAGAUCAAAGUUUACGACCUAGCCACGGUUCUGCUCUCAUAAAUGAGGACCUCAUACAGGUGUUGGAUGAUGACGAUCGUUCAAUAGAAGAUGAUGAGCCUACGAUAAUUUCUCAAAAAUCACUGCAAAGAGCUCCCACAAUGACACCUCAAAGUCAACAAGCAAUUGAAGAUCAGAUUAAUAAUCAAGAUGAAAAUAUACACCAACAAAACUUGUCGAGGAAUUUAAGAGUAAGAAACUCUAUUAACUAUAAGAUACCCGAAAAGGAUGAUCCCUUUGACUACGUUAUGGGCGCGAAUGAGGAUAAGAACAGUAUGGAUCGCAGUGAUGUCACGGUGGAGGCUGAAGAAGAUAACCUUUCUGAUUACAUGUCAACAAGGGACGAGGAAAAGGAUGAACUUAUUCAUCAAAGUGAUUUAGAGUUUGUGGUCGAGGAUGGAAUUGAUAAGACAGGUGAUACUGCAUACUCUGACAACGUAGAGGAAUCUGAUGCAGAUAUGAGUAUGAACUUUGCUCUCCCCAAUCAAGAUUCGAUUGAAGUGAUACUUUCAUCGCCAGUCAAAUCCAACCCGUUUGAAGCAGAGGUUGAGCAUAUUGAUCUACUUGAGGAUGAUUUCGAUAAAGAUCGUAUUGUGGAUGACAGUGUACCGUAUCCGUUAUCCAAUAAUCUUACGAUGUCAAACUCUGAUCUGGAACUUAUUGCUAGCGAGGAGGAAGAGGAUUUAUCCGACAACGAUCUUGAGCGUUUUGAUGAGGAAAGAGAGAAUAGGGCUUCUGACGCCAAUAUCAAGGACCUAGAUGAUGAUUUAAAGAUUAUAAAUGAGAGAAAGCUUGAAGAAGACUCACUUUCAUUCGCGCCCACGAUUAAAAAGGAGUGCUCGACGCUAAGUAAGAGUAAUGGCGAAGAUGACGAUCUCGAGGACGAUUUCUCGUUGGCUGAUAUUAUUGGGAAACGGUCUGAAACGCUACCAACCGAAUCCAGACAUCCAUGGUCAGCAGAAGUAGAGUAUAGGCUACGCGAAAUUUUCAAGCUUCCUGGCUUCAGGCCACAUCAGCUAGAAGCCAUCAAUGCGACACUUUCUGGUAAAGAUGUCUUCGUAUUGAUGCCGACUGGUGGUGGUAAGUCCCUUUGCUACCAAUUACCAGCUGUGGUUAAAUCUGGCAAAACUAAAGGCACAACCAUAGUGAUUUCACCGCUAAUCUCACUAAUGCAAGAUCAAGUUGAACACUUGUUGAGUAAUAAUAUCAAAGCUAGUAUGUUCAGUUCUAAAGGAACAGCCGAACAAAGACGACAAACUUUCAAUCUGUUCAUUCACGGGCUGUUAGAUCUGAUCUACAUAUCUCCCGAAAUGAUUAGUGCCUCCGAACAGUGUAAGAGAGGGAUAAACAAGUUAUACAAUGAUGGAAAGCUCGCGCGGAUAGUAGUGGAUGAAGCCCAUUGUGUCUCGAAUUGGGGUCACGAUUUUAGACCUGAUUAUAAGGAAUUGAAAUACUUUAAAAGAGAGUACCCCGAUGUUCCCAUGAUUGCUUUAACAGCGACGGCUAGCGAGCAGGUUAGAAUGGAUAUCAUUCAUAAUUUAGAACUCAAAGAGCCGGUCUUCUUGAAACAAAGUUUCAACAGAACUAACUUGUUUUAUGAGAUUUUGAAGAAGACCAAAAACUCCAUUUUCGAAAUAUGUGAUACAAUCAAAAUUCGUUUCAGAAACCAAACUGGAAUCAUAUACUGCCACUCCAAGAAUUCAUGCGAGCAAACCGCAGCCCAGAUGCAGCGUAGCGGUAUAAAAUGUGCAUUCUACCAUGCGGGAAUGGAGCCAGAUGACAGACUUACAAUCCAAAAAGCAUGGCAAGCAGAUGAAAUUCAGGUAAUUUGUGCUACAGUGGCAUUUGGGAUGGGUAUCGACAAGCCUGAUGUUAGGUUUGUGUACCAUUUCACAGUUCCACGUACAUUGGAAGGGUAUUAUCAGGAAACAGGUAGAGCCGGUAGAGACGGUAAAUUCUCCUACUGUAUGGCCUACUUCUCAUUCAGAGAUGUGAGAACAAUACAAACGAUGAUUCAGAAAGACAAGAACCUUGAUAGGGAAAAUAAAGAAAAGCAUCUCAACAAACUUCAACAAGUCAUGUCAUACUGUGACAACGAGACAGAUUGUAGAAGGAAAUUAGUCCUUUCUUACUUCAACGAAGACUUUGACUCUAAAUUAUGUGGCAAGAAUUGUGACAACUGUCGUAACAGCUCUCAUGUCAUGACCGAAGAAAGGGAUGUUACCGAGGAUUCCAAAAAGAUAGCCCGAUUGGUGGAAUAUUUACAAGAUUAUCGUGUGACUCUCAUUUACUGUCAGGAUGUUUUCAAAGGUUCAAGAAGCUCGAAGAUUGUUCAAGCAGGUCACGAUGGAUUGGAACUUCAUGGUGCUGGGAAGACAAUGCAAAAGUCAGAAAUUGAGAGAAUUUUUUUCCACUUAGUCACUACCAGAAUUUUGCAAGAGUACUCUAUAAUGAACAACAGUGGGUUCGCAGUCAACUACGUCAAACUUGGUCCUAACGCCAAAAAGCUGCUAAACGGCAAUUUAGACAUCAAGAUGCAGUUCACAAAAUCAGCACCAGGUUCAAGAUCGACGUCUGCCGGUACAACAGUCAGUUCUAAAGCGGUUACGAAGAGUGCGGCUAAACCCUUACCCACAAAGGCAGCUGCCAAAGAACAUAUCAAAUCAUUCGCGUAUGAAGAGCAUCAAACCAAGACGUCCGCAGGUCCAAUCGCACUGAACAAUAAUAUGUAUUCGCACUCAACACAGGAGCUUGGAGAGCUCACCUAUGCGUACGAAAAACUGAGAGAGACGUCUCUCAACAUCGGGAAUAGAAUGAAUCCCCCAGUUGCGAAUUUCGUAUCAGACUUGGUUCUAAAGAAGCUUGCCAAGAUCCUGCCGGUGACCGAAGAGGAAUUCAAUGGACUUCUUGACGUUACAGACAAGAAUCGGAACAGGUUCAAAUAUUUCAAAAGCACGAUCAUGGAGUUGAGGAAGCGCAAAAUAGGACUCCUUGUUGCAUCCAACGGCGAUACAAGUACUUCCACUAACCAUAGCAUAGUCUUAAGUGAGGAUAGUAGUGCGAUCUCUGACAGGGCUUCGGUAAGAUCAAGGUAUUUCGAUGCCGAUGCUGACGAAAGAAGAGCCACGCAGGAGAUCAUCAAUCAAAUUCGUAUGACUCAGACAACAUCAGGAUCAGUCUCUUCGAUAACCGCUUCUAGUUGUAGGAAAAAGGCAACUUCCGGACGUGGAUUCAGGAACUACAGGGGCAAUAGGAGGAAAAGGAAAUAA